UUGUACAGUUGUAGGGAGUAUUAUCUGUCUCUGUAUAGUCUGGUGCAGUGGGUGAGCAGGAGUUUGUCCAGUGUCCUCGUGUCCCUCAGAGUAAAUCAGUGGCGGUCGCCCCGUCCUUCUUGUCCUUCUUUCAGAGGAUACUUCCGGACGUCAGAGCAGAGGUUCCUGAUUGAACCUUUAACCUCUGACCCUGAGGGGGAUCACGCCGUGAGCCCCUUCAAUGAAGAAGAACGCUCCACUCCGGCCGUGUGCGGAGUCACCAACACCACGUGGGACGAUGACUAUGAACCACCAACCAGCCGGAGCCGCUCCAGAUCAGGCGGGAUCACCAUUGUUCAGCAGCAGAAAUACCUGGAACUGUAUCUGGUGGCUGAUAACAGACUGUACCUGAAAAUGAAGCAAGACGUGGCGGAACUGAGAAGAGAGAUAUUUGAAGUGGUCAACUUUGUUAACAUGGCAUACAAACCUCUGCGGACCUUCGUGGCUCUGGUGGGGCUGGAGGUCUGGUCCAGAGAAGACCAGAUUACAGUCACUCCUCCAGCCGGAGCAAACUUGGACGCCUUCAUGAAGUGGAGGAACACAGAGCUGGUCAAAAAAAAGAAGCAUGACAACGCCCAUCUGCUCAGUGGAAUAGACUUUGAAGGAUCCACCGUUGGACUGGCCUUCAUCGGAACACUUUGCUCGGGACACUCAGUCGGAGUGGUGCAGGACCACAGUGACCGGGCGAUAGCAGUGGGGGCGACUCUGGCUCAUGAGAUGGGGCACAAUCUGGGCAUGAACCACGACGACUCCAGCGCCUGUGUGUGCCAAGGAGACAGCUGCAUCAUGGCGCCCUCUCUAAGUUGGAACGUUCCUCGGAGCUUCAGCAGCUGCAGUGGAACCAACUAUGAGAAGUACCUCCUGAACCGCAGUCCCGGCUGCCUCCUCGACAGACCUGAAUACAGAGCCCUGGUGAUCCCCGGUGUCUGUGGGAACGGCUUUGUGGAGGCUGGAGAGCAGUGUGACUGUGGCACUGUGGAGGAGUGCACCAACCGCUGCUGUAACGCCUCCACCUGUGCCUUCAGUGAGGGCUCACAGUGUGCAGAGGGAGAGUGCUGUCAGGACUGUAGGAUCGCGGGGCGCUCUCGUGAGUGUCGUCCUCAGCAGGAUGAGUGUGACCUGGCUGAAUACUGUGAUGGAGAGAGCGCGCUCUGUCCAGAGGACGUGUUCAGUGUGAACGGUCUGCCCUGUGACAGCGAAAAGGGAUUCUGCUACAACGGACAGUGUCCCCAGAGACAGACCCAGUGUGUGAAGAUGUACGGACCAGGUGCCAUCGAGGCUCGCUCUGGCUGCUUCGACCAGAACACCAGAGGAACUUACUACGCCUUCUGCAAACGCCCUGCAAGAGACCAGUUUAUCCCCUGCCAGAAACAAGAUAUCUUCUGUGGAAAGCUCUUUUGUCAAUAUGGAAACGACAAUCCCAACUAUGGGCGGAUGGUGCGAGUCAGCGACUGUAAAGCCACGUUCUAUGACGACUACACCAGUGACUUUGGACAGGUGGACACUGGGACCGUGUGUGGAGACGGGAAGGUGUGCAGUGAGAAUGAGUGUGUGGACUUGGAAAUAGCGUACAGGAACACCAACUGCUCUGCCAAAUGUCCAGGACACGCGGUGUGUAACCACAGAAGUGAGUGUCAGUGUGAACCUGGCUGGAUGCCUCCCAACUGUGACACAAGGGACGGAGAAUUCUCAACCAUUUCCACUGGGGUGAUAGUGGGCAUCUUUUUGGCCCUCCUGGUGAUUCUCGGGAUCAUCGCAGUAAUCAUGUUCUUCAUUUGGAAAAAACGCCAGGGCCCAGUGUUACCGACCUCUCAAAUCCAGAGGAAGCCAUACCUCACUCAGAAACCAGUGCAGCCCUCACCCCCUGUGCCUACUAAACCGAAGCCCAGAUCAGCGCCUCCUCCGCCGCCGCCUGCCGUCAUCAGGCCCAAACCGCAGCAGAACUUCGCAGCCGCCAGACAGGCUUUGAGACCAGUUCCUCCACCUAAAGUCUGACAGCACCCCCUGAUGGCCACCAUAGAGACACCUGCACAUUUCAAGCUGCUGUUGUAGAUGGAUUUUUCAGAAUAAGACUGGAGAAUACAGCAGAAUGGACUGUUACUUUUAAAAAGACUCUUAUUUUGAAAGGCACUUUUUAUACUUGGACCAAAAAUGGACUGUUUCUUUUUUGUUAUGAGCCUUUGUUAUGAAAUAUUGCACAUGUCUAACACUGUAAUGUUUAAAACGACUGAAAUUAUUGAUAUUAAUAUUUGUGUCUGUGGGACAAAAAUGUAAAAAAAAAAUGAAUUUCUAUUAUUUUUUGUCAAUAUUUGUGAAGCCAGUGUUCAUCUUGUACCAGGAUUUUACAUCGAGCUCAGAGGAAAACAUAACUCCACACAUUCACAUUUCACUGAAAAUCUUAUUGCUCUCCUAGAAUCCUAGAAUGUUCCUGAACUUUUUUAUCACCAUGGAGACAAGCUGAUGACGCCACCAGGCCAAGUCACAGUCCAGAUCUGUGGAGAGGCGAGCAUGCAUUUUAAGAUACACUACUGGUCAAAAGUUUUAGAACACCACACUUUUUCCAUUUUUUUUACUGUUGACCAAAACAUUUUCUAAACUUUUGAUUGAUGUGUGUCCAUCUUUGGCAGAUAGAACAGCUGAACACACUCGUGGCUCGUUCUUUUUACAACAAAAAUCAAAUAUUGUUCAGAAGGUUCUUCUUAAGUCUGUUGCAGAAGUUUCCAUAAAUGUGGCACUUGUAGGUUGCUUCACUCUUCUGUCCAGUUCAUCCCAAAUCAGCUCCAUGGGGUUUAAGUCUGGACACUGUGCGUUUUGGCAGAGCUUGGUCUUGUGUUUUGUUCUUUUAUCUUUUUUUUAACCUCUGUCUGUUCAGUUUUUACCUUUGUAUAAUUUCAAGUUCUUCAUUGGACUUGCACGACUUGAACUGCAAUAAAUAACUGGAAAAAUGAUUAAUAAA